AUGGGGAUAUGGGAUGACGGUGAGGAUCCGGACCCGUUCCUGAUGAGGAACCCGAACUUGGCCAUGGUCACUAUAGACCGUCCAGCGGCUCCAGCACCACCAGGAACUCCAUCGCCUCCGGCAUCAAGACGGCCCAGUGCACCCGAGCACUCAUCAGCGGAGCCCUCUACAGAUCCAAAUCUGGCCAAUCCCCGUCUUAUGGUUAACAGAGCAUGUAUCUACGAACGUCACUUACCGGGGGAUGCCUACGUGACGGCUCACGUGCAGCGCCUGCAACACGGGUUCUACUCGAGCACAGCCGUCUCUGAUCAAGACCUCGACCAUGUGGACUUCCUGGGGAUCAACUUCGUUUUCCACUCCCCCAACACCCUUACGCAUCGUUUCAAGGCAGCGACCAUCCGAGCCUCGCUGCACAGCAUGCGAGAAAACUCCAAGACCCCCACUGCGUCACAAAACCUCCAUGCGUACCGGUCGAGAAAUCCACGGUUUCUCAAGCACGCCCCGCACCUCCUGUACGGGGCUGUUUCACCCGAGACACUUCAAUGGAACUACAGCCUCGCCGGGUCGCUCGGUGUAGCUGAGCUACCCCUUAUGGCCAGCAUCUCACCCUCCGGCGGCAUGAACGGACGGUACCGACGGUACGAGAUGAUGAGAAUCCAGGGCUCGGUCCGGUCAUUGAAGAGCCCACGCGGGCGGAAGUUCGACGUCGAGGCGGGGGAGAUUGUCUGGUCACUGGAGGAGAACAAUCUGCAGCGAUCUGGUCUGCCACGGGAGUUCACGUUCGCCAUGUUAAUCCAGAAACCGCGUGCCGACAGCCGAAUCCAACUGGUUCUGGAUAUCGAGCCCGUCCUCCAAUGCAGCUACUUCAACUACCCGACAUGGUGGCUGGAUCUCCCAGCGUACAAACCGGCCCCUCGACGGUCGGUAGACUUUCGAGUCGAAGUCGGGCAGCGCUUUGAGCCCCUCACACCCAAUAAAGGAUUCAACUUUGCUACCCUGGAGAGCUCAUUUGAUGAUUAUGUGCACAUGCCAGGAAGGAAGGUCACCACCGGGGUCCCCCUGGACGGCGGAAUCGCCCAAGACGACAACGAGAUUCGGCGCGAAGUCACCCGAGAUUUCACCAUGGUCGAACCCGUCCGAGGGAUCCCUCGAGCGCCAUACAACGGAUCAACGCCCGCCGGGACCGCAGGCAAAAUGCCCGGUAACCGGAACGGAGUCAGCAACAUGCUGCCUAUCCUCGACCCGGGGUCUCUCUCCGUGCGAAUCCUGCUCGAUAACAGCCACGGGCACAGCAGCCAGCUUGCGACGCAUAUCUCCGCGCUGCGGUCGAACAGCAACAUUGCGAAAGAGCGAGAUAAGACGCAGGGGCAGGCCCAUCCCGCGACUAGCCGGGAUAACCGAUCAUCAACGCAGCCCAAGAAAGUGCGGAUCACGCAAAGCAUGUCGGAUAAUCAAAUCACGAAGCGCGGUCGAGGCACCUAG